AUGAAGGCAGCGGAGAAGGCGGCUCAGGCAGCCGGAAGAAACACCGAGGCAGGUGAUGUUGAUCUCGACGGGGUGGUGAUGGAGGACGUCACCGAGUUGGAGGCAGUGAAACUGGUGGUGCACGAGCACUCUGAUGCGCUGGCUCGGCUUGAGGAAGGCCUGGCGAGGGUGCAGGUUGACGCGAAGGCAGAUGCUGAUGAUCUACGACAAAGGCUGGAGGACCUGAUGCGGGCGAUUGGCUUGCUGCAAGCAAAGGGAGGCGGAUCGGGGGGAGCGCCGAUCCCGACGGAGUCGGCGACCGAAGGAGGCGGCGCGCCAGGGGAGGCGGAGACGGCGGCGACCGCGGCUCGCGGAGCGGCUGGCGGCGCCGGUGGGCGCGGCUCACUCGAUGGCCGGCGGCGGGGCUAG